AUGCCCGAUCCAAAGAACUACACCGUGGGGUGGAUCUCCGCAAUAUCCACCGAAUACGUUGCUGCCCGAGCCUUCCUCGACGAACCUCAUGACGACCCGGGGUAUCUACCCGCAAACAAAACCGACUUCACACUAGGCCGAAUUGGGAAGCACAAUGUGGUUAUUGCUGUAUUACCGGAUGGAGAAUACGGAACAGCUUCUGCGUCGCGCGUGGCCGAAGGCAUGAUGCAUAGCUUCCCCAACAUCCGUAUCGCCUUAAUGGUUGGGAUUGGAGGCGGUGCGCCGACUUCCAAACACGAUAUUCGCCUUGGGGAUAUUGUCGUUAGUUCUCCUUCGGGGGGACAAGGAGGUAUCUUUCAAUAUGAUUUCGGAAAGACGAUACAAGGAAGGGACUUCCAAGAAACAGGUGUCUUGAACCAACCACCCGACCUGUUACGUUCAGCAGUAGCUGGACUUCGAGCUAGAUAUGAGAGUGACGGGCACCAGCUCGAAGAUGCUGUCAACAAAGCCCUUGAGAGGAAGCCGCGCCUGCGAAAGAAAUACGGCCGUCCAGAAGCGCGCUCUGAUCGGCUGUACAUUAGCGAUAUCCUUCAUAAAGAAGGAGAGGAGCAAUGUAGUAGCUGCAGCGAUAAUGCAUCACAUAUCGUCGAACGCAGACCACGGACAGAAGACGAAGACAACCCUAUGAUUCACUACGGACUAAUCGCAUCCGCUAAUCAACUCAUGAAAGAUGCUCUUGUCCGCGAUGAAUUCGCAAAACAAAAGAAUGUUCUCUGUUUUGAGAUGGAAGCAGCUGGUCUGAUGAACCAUUUCCCUUGUCUUGUUAUUCGAGGUAUUUGCGAUUAUGCCGAUUCUCAUAAGAAUAAAGAUUGGCAGGGAUAUGCAGCUAUGAAUGCGGCAGCAUAUGCGAAGGAUAUCUUGUAUCGAAUUGCACCGCAGCAAGUCGAGGAUGAGGCGAAAGUUGCGACUGUUGUAAGUCAGGGUCAGGGCGAUCAACACACUACGAAUAUAAAUUUUGGAUCCAACAACUAUGGGUUUCAAAUUGGUUCGAAUACUGGAACAAUUAAUGGGACGCGAUUCGGGGGAAGAUGA